GUUGUACAAAGCAGCUGGUGGAAAUGGAAAACGACCUCUAUCUGUAGUACCUCCUGAAUCUGAGGGUUACACAGGAAGCAUAAUUAAAAGUGCCUCUGGAGGGGGGAAAACCAUGCUGUACAUUGUCCCAUUACAAGAGGAAUUUGAUUUACGGCCUCUUCCCUGUGAUUCUCAGGAAUUUUCACGCAUGCCAAAGGCUGAAUGCAAAAUGUGUCUUAAAAUUUUGCCUUUGCAGCUCCUUGCACUCCAUGUGAAGCAGUGUAAAGCACUGGAAUAUGACACACUUUCAGAUUCUGAACCAGAGAUAACUGAGGUGCCCACUUCUGAAAAGAAUCCAUCAGAUAAUUCCUGCCCCAUAUGCCAGAAACACUAUCCAGCAGAAGAUCUUGAACUACAUGCCAGUGUCUGUGGGGACUGGGAGAGGAACAUGGACAGUCCUGUGCCUUUUCUGGAUGGCAGUCCUACUGAAUUGAAGGAACCACAAAAUACAUUUUUAAGUGAGGAGGAUGUCCUGCGAUGGCUGGCAACUCAGGUUGACCCCAGCAAAGAGUUCGCCAUCUGUGUGUCUAGAAUGAAUCUACUGGAACGUGGUCUGAUGCUGUGGCAGCGCCAGAAGUACAGCUCGCCAGUCAACCCCUUGAAGGUGACAUUCAUAGGAGAACCUGGGGUUGACAGUGGUGCUUUGCGGAAAGAAUUUCUGACAGAGAUGAUUGCCGGCAUAGAAAUGCGUCUGUUUGAGGGAGAGGAUGGCAAGGGAAAAAUGCCCAAGUACUCUCUAAAUGACCUGGACAAUGGCCUCUUUCGAGUUGCUGGGGAAAUAUUUGCAGUAAGCCUCGCACAGGGUGGCCCAGCACCAAAGUUUUUACAAGAAUGGUGCUACAAUUUCCUUUUGACUGGAAACCUAGAAAAUGUUUCCAGAGACCAUAUACAUGACCUGGAGCUCUCAUCACUCAUCAAGAUGGUUGAAGAAACAUCAGACUUGUCAUCAUGCACAGAACAAAUUCUCAACUGUGGCUACACUGGACCUAUAAACGAGGGCAGCAGAGACAGUAUAACAAGAGCAAUUCUCCUGCACUCGGCUGUAAGACGAACAACCAUGCUUAGGCAACUUCGUGAAGGACUACAACUCUAUGGCUUUAUUGGGGUGAUGGAAAGGAACAGAGAGCUUUGCCGUGGCUUCUUUGUAGCUGGUGAUGAUGAUAAGGUGGACUCUAACUACAUUGUGUCGAAUUUGGCCCCAACUAUGAGCGAAAGCGGUUCACAGAAGCAUGCAAGAGAGACACAAAUUCUAAAUAACUUUCAGGAUUUCCUGCAAGAGCUUGAGGAUGGAACAACUGAAGAUGAUGCUGCUGAUGCGCUUUCUGUCCCACGUGUGCUGCAGUGGUUAACUGGACAGUCACACAGGCAUCUACUACUUUCAGAAAGAGAAAACUUCAAGAUCAAAGUCCACUUUGACCACACUUGUAUGGAACGGAUACCAAACCACACCAUUUGUUUUCCACUUGUUAGUGCAUGUGCACAAUCAAUCACUUUUCCCACGGCACAUUGUGUGCAUUACUCUGAAUUUAAAGAAAAUAUGACCGCAGCAAUCAAAUGUGGUGCAGGGUUUUAUAGGAUCUAAUCUCAGUUCUGUAAUGAGUAUUUUCAUUAUUCAAACUGUUUUAUAGUUAUGAAUUCUUUCCUUACACCUUUUUAAAUUA